AUGCCUCGCUGCAGAGCCGGGGAGAAAAGCGGAGAGCCAAGACGCCCGGGAAUCCAGGCAUCCAGGGAGGACGGGAGGCUGGCGGAAAGAGAAGGAUGCUCCAGCAUCUGUCAUAAGACAGGAAAAUCCGCAGCGAUCCCUCUCGCCAUGACCACCCCUUCCAGCGACGUGAUCUUCCCUAGCCUUUCUGCUCAGGAACUGUGGCGGUCCCAAGUGACAGGCUACGCCGGCUCCAUCACCCGCCACAUCAGCCACCGGGCUAACAACUUCAAAAGGCACCCAAAGAGGCGGAAACACAUCCGGCCGUCCCCUCCGCCUCCGCCGAAUACCCCCUGCCCCAUUGAUCAGAUCCACUUUGGGGAGCUCCACCCUCAGCGGUCCUUUCUGGAACUGUUAUUUAACGGGUUCAUCCUUUUUGGGAUUGAGUUCAGCUACGCCAUGGAGACGGCCUACGUGACGCCAGUCCUGCUUCAGAUGGGCUUACCAGAUCAGCUCUACGGGAUGGUCUGGUUUAUCAGCCCAAUUCUAGGAUUCCUGCUGCAGCCCUUCCUCGGGGCCUGGAGCGACAGAUGCGCUUCCCCCUUUGGCAGAAGGAGGCCUUUCAUCCUGGUCCUGGCUAUCGGGGCGUUGCUGGGACUCUCUUUGAUGCUGAAUGGCAGAGAUAUUGGAAUUGCUUUGACAGACACUGUGAAUAACCACAAAUGGGGAAUUGCACUCACCAUCUGCGGAGUCAUCCUUAUGGAUUUCUGUGCGGAUUCUGCUGACAAUCCCAGCCAUGCCUACAUGAUGGACGUGUGUUGCCCAUCAGAUCAAGACCGAGGACUCAAUAUUCAUGCCUUGCUAGCUGGACUUGGAGGGGGCUUCGGCUACGUCGUCGGAGGCAUUAACUGGGACCGGACCGGCUUUGGAAGAGCGGCGGGGGGGCAACUCCGGGUCAUCUACAUCUUCACCUCCAUCACACUGACAAUCGCCACCGUCUUGACUUUGGUCAGUAUUUCCGAAAGGCCCUUGCAGCCUUUCGGCAAGAAGAAGAAGGUCAUGAAGAGCCCCAGCCUGCCGCUCCCUCCGUCCCCGCCCCUCCUUUUCGAGGACUGUGCCGACGAGGACCCCGGCUCGCAGAACUCGGUCCAUUUGUACGCCAGCUUCACCAGCCCCAUUUCCCCGCUCAGCCCGCUCACGCCAAAAUAUGGCAGCUUCAUCAGCAGGGACAAUUCCUUGACGGGCCUCAGUGGCUUUGCCUCCUCGUUUGGGACCUCCAACAUCGACAGCGUGCUGAUCGACUGCUUCACAGCCGGACACGACGGCUACUUGGCCGUCCCUUCUAGCUUGCCCAGGCAAGCCUUGAGUGUGAGCUUCCCCAGGGCUCCGGAGGGAUUUUAUUGCCGUGAAGACACCCCUUUGGACGCUGGGGAGAAUGCCGGGACUCCGGGACCGGAUGGAGAGGGGCUGAGGGUGGGUUCUUUAGAUGCCAUCAAACCACGAUCGUCAGGGAUUCUGAAAAGACCCCAGACUUUGGCGAUCCCCGAUAUCAUCACAGGCAACAUUCCCGAGACAAGCAGGAGACGGAAUGUCACCUUCAGCCAACAAGUAGCCAACAUUUUGCUGAACGGGGUGAAGUACGAGAGCGAGCUGAACGGGUCGAGUGAACUUUGCGAGCAGCCGCUGUCCAUGAAGCUCCUGUGCGCCACCAUCUGCCACAUGCCGAAGGCCCUGCGCAACCUCUGCAUCAACCACUUCCUAGGCUGGCUCUCCUUUGAAGGGAUGCUUCUGUUCUACACAGACUUCAUGGGGGAAGUGGUCUUCCAAGGUGACCCCAAAGCCCCUCACAAUUCCGAAGAGUAUCAGAAGUACAACGCAGGCGUGACCAUGGGGUGCUGGGGAAUGUGCAUCUAUGCAUUCAGCGCUGCCUUCUAUUCUGCCUCACUGGAGAAACUGGAGGAAUACUUCAGUGUCCGCACUCUCUAUUUCAUAGCGUAUCUGGCCUUCGGACUUGGCACCGGCCUAGCUACGUUGUCCAGAAAUAUCUACGUGAUUUUAUCACUAUGCAUAACUUAUGGUAUUUUGUUUUCUACACUCUGCACGCUUCCGUACUCUCUGCUAUGCGACUAUUACCAGAGUAAAAAGUUUACAGGAUCCAACGAGGAUGGCACAAAGAGAGGGAUGGGGGUAGACAUCUCCCUCCUGAGCUGCCAGUAUUUUCUCGCACAGAUCCUGGUCUCCAUCGUGAUGGGGCCUUUGACAUCCAUGGUGGGCAGCGCAAACGGGGUGAUGUACUUUUCCAGCCUGGUCUCUUUUGUCGGCUGCUUGUAUUCGUCCCUCUGCGUGGUCUACGAGAUCUUCCCGGGCGAGGAACUAGCUGAAGAGCAGCAGCCACUAUUGCUGAGCGCAUGA